UUUUUCCAGUUGAAAGUGAGCUGCCUUCAUGAGCUCAUCUUGUCGGACCAGAAGGACAAGUUUCAAGAAGGACGGCCGGUCUGACCGCUUCCUCCACAUUGACUCUGCAAUGUAUCAGACGUUACGGACGUCUUUACUAUCAAGUGCCCGGUGCUGGGAUGCCAACAGUCAGCAGUCAUACCAGACCCUGUUCGAUCGGCUCGACACCAACAACGAUGGGAAGGUGGACGUGGCCGAGCUGCGGGCGGGCCUCAAGGCGAUGGGGAUAUUCCGGCACGGAGCGGCACAGAAGAUCGUGUCAUCCGGUGACCAGAACAAGGACGGGUGUUUGGACUUCAACGAGUUCACCAAAUACCUGAAAGAGCACGAGAUGAAGCUUUGGCUGACUUUCAAGAGUCUGGACAGGAACAACGAUGGGCGCAUCGAUGCCUCAGAGAUCCAGCAGUCGCUUGCAGAGCUCGGCAUACAUCUCAGCAAGGAGCACGCCCAGAAAAUCUUACAGAGUAUGGACAUCGACGGGACCAUGAUGGUUGACUGGAACGAGUGGCGAGAACACUUCCUACUGUACCCUGCCCACAACCUAGAAGAGAUCAUCCGCUAUUGGAAGCACUCCUCGGUGCUGGACAUAGGCGACAGCCUUGCCAUCCCGGAUGAGUUUACAGAGGAGGAGAAGAGCUCAGAUGUCUGGUGGAAGCAGCUUGUUGCGGGUGCUUCUGCAGGGGCAGUCUCUCGAACUGGAACUGCCCCACUGGACCGACUGAAAGUCUUCAUGCAGGUUCAUUCUUCCAAAACAAACCGCAUAGGCCUAAUAGGGGGUUUCAGGCAGAUGAUCGUGGAGGGGGGUCUGACUUCACUGUGGAGAGGAAAUGGAAUCAACGUCCUGAAGAUCGCUCCCGAGACUGCCAUCAAAUUCAUGGCAUACGAACAAUAUAAGAAGUUGUUGUCAUCAGAGGGAAAGAAGAUUGAGACGCAUAAGAGGUUUAUGGCUGGCUCCAUGGCUGGGGCAACAGCACAGACAGCCAUCUACCCUAUGGAGGUCUUAAAGACUCGCCUGACCUUGAGGAAAACUGGCCAGUAUGCAGGAAUGUUUGACUGUGCCAAGAAAAUCCUGAAGAAGGAGGGCGUCAUAGCUUUCUAUAAGGGCUACAUUCCAAACCUGCUGGGGAUCAUUCCUUAUGCCGGGAUAGACCUCGCCGUGUACGAGACUCUGAAGAACGCCUGGUUGUCGUAUUAUGCCAAAGACACAGCUAAUCCUGGAGUUCUGGUGCUGCUGGGCUGUGGGACCAUCUCCAGUACGUGUGGUCAGUUAGCCAGUUAUCCGCUCGCACUCGUACGCACACGGAUGCAGGCACAAGCAUUACCAUGAACUGCAUGUUUUAAAACAUCUGCCAGUGGUCAGGUUGAACCAGCAGCUGCUUCCCAACAAGUGUUGACCGGUCAGAGCUGUCUGAGCCUUUACGGAAAGGGGUCUUUAAAAAAGAAAAUAACAGAAAGAAAUGACACCAAGAAAAACAUAUCAGGGGAUAAUACUGUUGUGUAUCUUACUGUUUUUUUCUUUUAUAUUAAAGCAUGUAAACAAAUUUAGGUAAAUAAAUUUAUGAAUAAUAAAAAUGAACAUCAGAAA